AUGUGCUCAGUAAUGCAGCCAUUGGCUCUUAGCUUUGGUGUUACCUCCUGCCGUGGAAUGUUCGAGUCGUUGUUGGGCCAAGGAUCUGGGAAUGUGAAGGCCUAUUUAAGAAGAGGCACAGCACGGGAGAUGCUUGGCUACUAUAAAGAGGCAACUGAAGAUUUCAGAUAUGCACUUGUUCUUGAGCCGACCAAUAAAAGAGCAGCUCAAUCUGCGGACAAGCUAAAGAGGUUGUUUCAGUAG